ACCGGAUUAACAGGCUAAGAAAAUAUUUUUUUACAGAAUUAUCUAACCAAUCCGAAGACCCUCCAAGCAAAAGGCAGAGCGCUGUCACAACAAAAUCAGCGAGCAGCGAUCACAGUAGCAAAAGUGAAACAGAAAAAGAAGCCAACUGCCCAGCAACUUCGGAACCGGAAGUCAGUGAAGAACAAGCAGCAACGAAAAUCCAGGCCGUUUUUCGCGGACAUAAAGCAAGGCAGAGUAUGAAACAGCCUGCCCAAGCGGGUAGUGGUGAAACGGUUAAGAACAGUUCUAGUACAAUGGCAACAGAAGCUAAGGAAAGCGUUGAAGAGAAAACAGAAGUAAAUAAUACACAACUGGCUCAUGCAGCAACCAAAAUUCAGGCAACGUAUCGCGGACAUCUAACUAGGAAACACGAAGCUGAAAAGAAAGGCGAACCCGAAAGUACUUCGAAAGAAGAGGGGAUUUCGAAGGAAGAAGAGCUUGACAUCGACCUCACAGACCCUGACCUCAAUAAGGCAGCUGUGAAGAUUCAGGCCUCCUUUAGAGGCCACAUGGUGCGCAAGGAAAACGAAGAUGAACAGGAGCAGAAUGCUGCGGUCUCCAAAUAAACUAAAAUAGUUGAAUCUACCUUUAAGCCACUUGUGAUCCUUCCUUAUACCUACCACUAUAACUGUAAAUAAAACAGUUAUGGAGCAAUGAGAUAAUUCGUCAGUUGAGUUUAGUGAUGUUCAAGAAUUUAAAUAAUUUUAUUUUUUCAACAGUAAUCCAGUAAAUCUUGGACCAAUAUAUGUAAUAUAACUAUCAAAACUCACAUUACAGGUUUUACAUGUAAGAAUGUCAAUUCACUUUUGACUGACACAAAUUUAUUCCUACAAUUUGAGGUUUCUGGUAUUUUCCUUUGCUUAUACAGCUUUUGGAUAUGACAGGUCACAGUAUUUUCAUUGUUAUUACCUGAAAAUUACCUAAGAAAACCUUAGACUUGCAAUUUUGCAGCAAUCUUUGCAAUCAAGCAAAGUUUUUUGGAAUACACCAAAUUGUAGCAGCAGCAAAAUAAGUCAACAAGUAGUCUAGAACUGUAUAGGCAAUCGAGCAAAGCCUGCAAUACCAGUUUCUAUAAUAUAGGGUUUCCUUACACAUAUCGCAGGCAUCUGCGAUAACGAAUCACCCCAAUAUCAUCUACAGUGUAGAGAUUAAUAAAAUUGACGUGAUCUCAUCACGUAUUUAGAUAUCGAAUAGAAUACCAACACAAAAUUGUAGAGCAGAUAGAUGCACUUUAAACUUUUGUCCAGAAUUAUAGUGAAUCAGAUGAAUUCUGCAGAUAGCAUGGGCCAAUAACGAACAAAAUAUUCGUUUUUUGCAAUUUUUUGGCUACCCCAACAUAGCUAUGGCUUCAACCAGGUAUAAAAAACAAAUACCCAAAAUAAAUUCGGUCUGUUUUGAGUGGUACAUUAUUGGUUAUAUGAUUUACUGAAAUAUCAGUAUAGGAAUUAUAACCGAAUUUCUUGAUUUGCCUCUCCGCCAUGUGAAAGGUUUGAAUAUUUAGAAGUUUUAUAAUUUUACCAGAUAAGGCCCUUCUUAUUCUUCAUCUAUUUGGGUAAUAAAAAUAAAUUACAUAAGAUUAUCCCAUUUAGCAGCAUUUCUCAAUUUAGACGUUAGAAUUUAGCUAGUUGAAAAACCAAUACCAACAUGUAGUACCUGGUUACGUAAGCUUAACUUAAGAUCCAAAUCCAGAAAGCUAAAUAUCGUUUAGUCCCAAGAGCUUAUAGACCAUUUAACUGAAGACUUGCAUACUGUCCACUAUCUUAAUGAAAGUCAGGAAUUGACUACAUUUCCUACAUAUCUACAAUAGACAUACAUUCUAAGCGAGCUUGAACAAUCCUCAAUGUUUUUCUCCCAUAACAAAAGAAAAAUGCAACAAUGUGCUUUGUAACCAGUUUUAUAACAGUGAUUGACCUAUUGUACAGUUUUGUGAAGCCUGUUGGUUCUUUAUCACAUACCUAGUUCAAAUUACAUUUUAUAAACGUAUUGGCAGACUUUAAUAUGUUAAACAUGUACAGGUUUACAGGGUGUCCCAGAAAAAAGUACACAUAGAACACAAAAAAUAAUUUCUCAAGUUCCAUAAAAUCUCAUACUUAUGAGACACAGGAUGGAAAAUUCCCACGCCACUGACUUUUCUUAAAAUAGAAAAAACCUGUAUUGUCAUAUUAACGAUAUUGCUAUGAUCAUGCAGAAAAACGGUUUUUAUUGUUUUACGCAAAAAUUGUUCAUCAGAUUGGAAAAAAGAAGAAAACAAAAUUGCUUAGGAAUAAUUGGGGAUUUCGAGAAAUCAGCGGCGUACCAUCAAUGUCUGCCAAAAUAGGCGUACGAAAACCAAAGCUGAAAAUUAACAAAAAAUUAGUUCAUUAAAAACUGCAUUUUCAUAUAUACAGGGUGACUUUGAAGUUGAGUCAUUAAUUUUCAGAUAAUGAUUGUAGAAGGAAGAUAAACCAAAAUAUGUGUGUAAAAAUAAAAAAAUAAAUAAAAAAAAAUGUUACCUUGUUUAAUAAAGUAUCGUCCCGACAAGUAUUUCAGUGCGGACCUGUAUUUGAUCGUGCGGUCUUGGAGCAGCAUGCCCUGACCUGUGAGGUCUUAAGUCACCUGAUUCACGAGCCCUUUGUACUACAUUAACAAAGGCACGAGGGGUUGGUUGCACUCGAUUGGGAAACCGAUUCGCAUACAUCCGUGAUGCAUCCGGGAGAAUUUUGUAAAGACUGCCCCCCCGUAAAUAAGAAUCAUGUCCACAAGUUCAGCAUUUUCGUAAACAUGUGCCACUUUUGAUUUCGUUUGAGCCACGCAACAAACACUACUAUUCACUGACGAAAAACAUCGUGAUAAACGUUUCAAAUUCUUUCGCUUUUUUGUUUCCGAUGCGAUGAACCGGUCAGGCGGAUUAUAUCCGUUGUCGCCAAACACGAACAUAUUAUUAUUGAGACAGGGCGGUACUCAAACUUCCAAAGGGCUAUAACUUUGUUACUUUAAUUUUACCAGAAAAAUGGUAAAGGAAAAAAGCAUUUCUUUUGAUCAGAUCUACUCACUGUUAAAAUAAAUGACUCAACUUCGAAGUCACCCUGUAUAUAUAUAUAUAUAUCCUUUAAGUACUUUGGGUAGAAAGCACUGUAUUGCAAAAGUACUCUCUUAUAACUCUUAUAACUUAAACUCUCAAGCUUUCGAAGAUCUAUGUUUUCAUCGUCUGGACCUGAAAACAAUUAUUGACAAUAGCAACAAAUAACAAUUAGGAGAAAAAUAUUUACUUACUAAGUCGGCGAGAUUGUAGCUGAAUCUUUUUUUAAACAACAGUGAAGGGAACACAUAGUCGACGAAUAAUGUCAAUAAUUGUUUCCAGCUCCAGACGAUGAAGACAUAGAUCUUCGAAAGCUUGAGAGUCUAAGUUAUAAGAGUGUACUUUUGCAAUACUUUGCCUUCUACCCAAAGAAAUUAAAGGAUAUCUUCUCCUAACAGUUAAGGCAAAUAACUAUGAAUACUAUAUAUAUAUAUAUAGAUUAAAAUAUCUAAAGUGGCAUUAAAUAUAUGAAUAAAUGACUCAUUUUUUUAAACUACCCUGUAUCUCAAAAGUUAAGACGUUUAGGAUACCCUUAAAUAUUGACAUUCAAUUAGGAAACGCUAUCUAUAGCAGAUUUCAACACUUUAUUAAUGGACCAGAUAUAAUAUUUUGGGAAAGCCUAAUAUUUUGGGAAAGCCUAAUAUUUUAGCUGAAAAACUGUAUUUUUGUUUGAUAUCGAUAGUCACUUUUAAGAAAAACAGCCUUGUUUUCAUACCGUUCCUUUCGAUUUACAUUGCAGCUACUUUCAAAAAAGAUGUAAAACUUAAUCAAGUGAUCUGAAGAUCUAGUGGCAAAAAACUGUGUACUGAAAUGAAAACGUUUUUUCUCAAAAACGGUCUAUUCUAUCAAUGUCAAACAAGCAUACUUUUUUUAGCUUAAAUAUCAGGCUCCCAAAAAUUAUCUUUGGAGUAUCCUGAUGCAGUUUGAAAAAACAAUAGCAAAAAUGCGUUGGGGUAGUUAGUCUGUUCCUGGCGAUCUAAAUAGUUUUCCAUGGACUCGAACUAAUUACUAUGCUACCAAAUUUCCUUGAAUUCUACAUUAUGGUUCAAAAGUUAUUUGAGAAAAAUCGAUUUUAAGCAUCCUUUAGAGGCCUGUGUUUCUGCAGAGCAUUUUUUGUGUGUUCUACAUACGAGAGAUUGACAUGUUAUUCUAGGACACCCUGUAUAAUUUGCUUUUAACAGCUAAUUUUUCUACAUAAAAUUCGUAUAUUGCUGAAAGUUCACUUUAUUAAUAGGCUAUAUAGUUUAUGGUUUAAGUCCAAUAAUUAAAAUUAUAUUGUUGUUUGCAAUGAUUAUGCUUUUUGAAAAAACCUUGAUCAAGUAGAUUGAAUGAACCUUCUGCACACUAGCGGUAGUUAAAAUGCAGCUUGUGAGUUCUGACUUCAAUCGAAUUUAUUGGCUUAAGGUCUUACAAUUGUUGAAUUUUCAUAGAGAGCUGAAAAAUAUCAUAUAUUCUCAGAAUUGUAAGUAAUGAGGGUAACUUUCUCGUUUUGGGAUUGGAACACAUAAUUCACAAAGUCAAGUAAAGCAGUUAACUUUUCAUAAGUUUGGUUAGACAAACUCACUGCUAGUGUGCCAGGGCAGGUGUGUUAUCUGAUUUGGGUAGUGUACCUACAUGUUAUAUAGCUAUUAUUCUAACUAUUAGGAUUGCCCUUUUGCUUAGGUGUACAAUAAACAAUUGAUAACUGUGUC